AUGGAUCCCCUACAAACAGUGCAUUUGGAGCCUCGGAAGAAGAGAUCCCGGCAGAUGGGUGCCUUGAGGACCUCCAUGCCUCAAGACGUCAAAUUUCGAGAUCUGGUCCUCUUCAUUUUGGAGAAGAAAAUGGGAACUACCCGCAGAGCGUUCCUCAUGGAGCUGGCCCGCAGGAAAGGGUUCAGGGUUGAAAAUGAGCUCAGCGAUUCUGUCACCCACAUUGUAGCAGAGAACAACUCGGGUUCCGAUGUUCUGGAAUGGCUUCAGGUACAGAAAGUUAAAGAUAGCUCCCAGCUCGAACUCCUCGAUGUCUCCUGGCUGAUAGAAUGCAUGGGAGCAGGGAGACCCGUGGAGAUGACAGGGAAGCACCAGCUUGUGGUGAGACAAGACUGCUCAGCUAGUCCCAACCCAGGCUCCCAGGAGGCCCCAGCACUUGCUGUGCACAAGAUCUCUGAGUACGCGUGUAAGAGAAGAACCACUUUGAACAACUGUAACCACAUAUUCACGGAUGCCUUUGAGAUUUUGGCUGAAAAUUGUGAGUUCAGAGAAAAUGAGGAUUCUUACGUGACAUUUAUAAGAGCAGCUUCAGUCCUGAAAUCUCUACCGUUCCCAAUCGUCAGUAUGAAGGACACAGAAGGAAUUCCCUGCCUGGGGGACAAGGUGAAGGGCAUCAUAGAGGAAAUUAUUGAAGAAGGAGAAAGUUCUGAAGUUAAAGCUGUGUUAAAUGAUGAACGAUAUCAAUGCUUCAAACUCUUCACUUCUGUAUUCGGAGUGGGGUUGAAGACCUCUGAGAAGUGGUUCAGGAUGGGUUUCAGAACUCUGAGUAAAAUAAGGUCGGACAAAAGCCUGAAAUUUACACGGAUGCAGCAAGCAGGAUUCCGCUACUAUGAAGACCUCGUGAGCUGUGUGACCAGGGCAGAAGCAGAGGCGGUUGAUGUGCUGGUUAAAGAGGCCGUCUGGGCAUACCUUCCAGGGGCCUUCAUCACCAUGACCGGAGGCUUCCGGAGGGGUAAGAAGAUUGGGCAUGAUGUGGAUUUUUUAAUUACCAGCCCCGAAUCAACAGAGGAAGACGAGCAACAACUCUUACAUAAAGUGGUAAAUUUAUGGGAAAAGAAGGGAUUACUUUUAUACCACGACUUCAUGGAGUCCACGUUCGAAAAGCUCAAGCAGCCCAGCAGGAAGGUGGAUGCCUUGGAUCAUUUUCAAAAGUGCUUUCUAAUCCUAAGAUUGCCCCACGAGAGAGUGGACAGCGACAGGCCCAGCCAGCAGGAAGGAAAGGACUGGAAGGCCAUCCGCGUGGACCUGGUUAUGUGUCCCUACGAGUGCCACGCCUUUGCCCUGCUGGGGUGGACUGGCUCCCGGCAGUUUGAAAGAGACCUCCGGCGCUAUGCCACACAUGAGCGGAGGAUGAUUCUGGAUAACCAUGCUUUAUAUGACAAGACCAAGAGGAUGUUUCUCCAGGCAGAAAGUGAAGAAGAAAUAUUUGCCCACCUGGGAUUGGAUUACAUUGAACCAUGGGAAAGAAAUGCCUAG